GGGCCGGCGGCGGCCAUGGCGCUGCGGGCCGGCGGGCGCUGGGCCCGUCCGGGCUCGGCGCUGCGCGGGCGCUGCUCGGGGCCGCGGCGCGCCGGGGACGCCCCGCGGCACCGCCACCUGCGGGAGGCCCUCCGCAAGAUCAUUGACAAGGAGAUUAAUCCCUUUGUGGAUAAGUGGGAAGAAGAAGGACAGUUUCCAGCACAUAAAGUGUUUAAAAUUCUGGGACAGGCUGGUUUCCUUGGUGUGGAUAAGCCAACAGAAUAUGGCGGCAUGGGUUUGGACUUCUCCUAUAAUAUUGCAGUGGCAGAAGAGCUGGGAAAUGUCCGUUGUGGAGGUAUUCCCAUGGCUAUUGGAGUGCAAGCUGGCAUGGCUACCCCUGCUCUUACCAGGUUUGGUUCUCAUGAGUUGAAAAAACAGUUCCUUGUACCAACUAUAGCUGGUGAUUUUGUGGCUUGCUUGGGAAUCAGUGAAGAUGGAGCUGGGUCAGAUGUUGCAAAUAUCAAGACAACGGCUGUGAGAAAGGGCGAUGAAUAUGUCAUAAAUGGUGGUAAGAUGUGGAUUACAUCUGGGAGCCAGGCAGACUGGAUGUGCCUCCUGGCAAAUACCAGCAAAGGACCUCCCCAUCAAAAUAAGUCUCUCAUAUGUCUGCCAAUGAAUCUACCUGGCAUUCAUGUUGCUAAAAAGAUAGACAAACUAGGUAUGAGGUCAUCGGACACAGCUCAGAUCUUUUUUGAAGAUGUAAGAGUCCCCUGCAAGAACCUCAUCGGUGAGGAAGGAAAGGGUUUUACAUACCAGAUGUUGCAAUUCCAAGAAGAGCGGCUGUGGGGAGUAGCCACUGCCCUGACACCAAUGGAAACUAUUAUACAAGAAACUAUUGACUACACAGGGCAGCGGAAGGUGUUUGGCCAGCCUGUCCUGCACAACCAAACUGUGCACUUCCGCCUGGCCGAGCUGGCAACCGAGGUGGAGCUCCUGCGCUCGCUGCUGCACCGCGCCGUGGCUCUCUAUGUAGAAGGCAAUGAUGUGACAAAAUUUGCUUCCAUGGCUAAGCUAAAGGCAGGUCGUCUGACCCGUGAAGUGACUGACAGCUGUCUCCAGUUUUGGGGAGGAAUGGGAUUCACCAAUGAAGUUCUCGUGAGUAGGUUUUACAGGGACUUGAGAUUGAUGUCAAUAGGAGGUGGCACAGAUGAAACCAUGCUUUCCAUCAUAUGCAAAUACAUGGACAUACUUCCAAGAAAGUGAUGCAUCUGCCCUCUUCCUUGAAAAUUAAGAAAGCAAGAGCAUGACUUGUGCUGCACACUGAAGGUGACAAGCAGCCAGUACACUUCGAGCAGAAAACAGAUCAGUAAUUUUCCUAUCAGAAUGCACAUGAAGGUCUUUCACCAUUACCACUCUGUGUUUUCCAGUGUCAAAUUUUUGUUGAUAUGAAGCACUCUGAAAGCUUGCAGCCUCCUGCAUUACAUUUUUUCAGUGAAAGCUUGAAGCCUCCUGCAUUACAUUUUUUCAGUGAGUUCCCUAAGUUUUCCAAAGAUCCGGGCCAAGCACACAGAAAAAAAUAUGUUCUUUAAUCAAGCUUUAUCUACACUUCACAGCAUCUAAGCUGACAAUUACGAAACAGAACUUCCAUAUGAAUGGAAGCUAUGUAGCUUAAUCUCAUUUCAGUAUAGCUUUGCUUUCAGGAUGAACAACUAUGGCACAAAUUAUUCCCUGCAAUAAUAAAACCCCAGAACAGUGCCUUACCUUCCCUAUCUUUCACUUUUAGCAAGCAAUCAUUAAAAUGAGCUCUGUCUUUGCCAAAUCUGUUAUCAAUUUGUACUCCACUGUUGUGGACUUUUGGUGAUGGGAGUAGUGUUAAAUUUUUAUUUGAAAAACACUACAAACAACUGUUUAAGUGUAUCUGAAGCUUGCAGAGGCCUGAACUUCAGCAGCAAUGUACCAUGUUGUGUUUUCUUAAUAAUUAUUAAGAAAAAUAUUAAAAAUAAACACAUUAAUAUCAAAA